CAACCCCACAAUAAACACAAGCUUCUUCUCUCCAUUCUCUCUCUAUAAAUAUUUUUUUUCUCUCUCUAAGCACAAAACAGAACGACUUUGUUUUUUAUUUUUGGAGUCUCUCUUCGAAUUUCAGUCUUCGUAGCCAUGAAAGCUCAGGUUUCUUAAAAAUCCAGACCCAUUUUCUCAGGUUGGAGUUUUGACGUGGGUUUCGACUAGUUUUUUUGGUUUUUCUUCAUCUUAAGGAGAGAUGGAUUCUGGUGAAGUAAUUGAACAUAUGAAUACAAGUAAAGAUAUAUCUGUUGUGAACUCUGUUAGUGCAGAAGUUUGUGGCAUUUAUGAUAUCUUUGGAGAUUCAGAAAUACAUCCUAGAGUUGGUGAUCAAUACCAAGUUGUAAUUCCUUCUCCAAUUACAGUAUCUGACUAUAAGACUCUGACUGAUGCCAAAAUGGUAAAUGAUGGUUGCCAUAAUGUUCUCAUUGGUUUGCCCAUACCAAUAAUGUGGAUAAAUGAGGAGAGUGAGAACAAGAAACAUGAAGAACAGGAAGCUAUUCAUGUCAGCAACAAAAAUGAGUCUUUAAAAUCUGAAUGCAUCAAUGAGGGGGGAAUAGUUCAAGAAGGGAGUGAUUUGAAACCUAAAGUUGAGCCUUUAGAUAUUACAUCAGGGGAUGACACAAAAGAGGUUGAACCAGAGAAGUUAGCUUUGGAGAAAUAUAUGAUAAUGGCUGAACUGCAACCAAAACAUGGAGGAGAAGGCCGCUUCCUAGUCCCUGGGUGCUUGAGUGACAUUUGGAGUAAUAUUGAGGAUGAAGGGUUUCUUCUUGGGUUGUAUAUCUUUGGGAAGAACCUUGUUUUGGUGAAGAAUUUCAUUGGGAGUAAGCAAAUGGGAGACAUAUUGACAUUCUACUAUGGGAGAUUUUACAGGUCUGAAAGAUACUGUAGAUGGUCUGAGUGCAGGAAAAUAAAAACCAGAAAGUGUAUUUAUGGACAAAGAAUCUUCACAGGAUUGAGGCAUCAAGAAUUGUUGUCUCGGUUGCUUCCUCAUGUGUCACAGGAUUGCCAAAACACUGUACUUGAGUCCUCUAAGACAUAUGGGGAGGGGAAAAUUUCACUACAGGAAUAUGUGUUCACUUUAAAGGCUUCAUUUGGUUUAAAUGCUCUUGUGGAGGCAGUGGGAAUUGGGAAAGGGAAGCAAGAUCUUACAGGAAUCGCCAUGGAGACUCCAAGGUCCAAUCAAGUUGCACAUGUUCGCCCAGAGAUACCGAUUGGCAAGGCAUGCUCAGCACUAACCACCCCAGAGAUUGUCAACUUUUUAACAGGAGACUUCCGGCUUAGUAAAGCUCGAUCAAGUGAUCUAUUCUGGGAAGCUGUUUGGCCUCGUUUGCUUGCAAGAGGGUGGCACUCUGAGGAGCCUAAUAAUCAUGGUGUUGUUGCUGUUUCCAAGCAUUCUUUGGUCUUCCUAAUACCUGGCAUUAAAAAGUUCUCAAGAAGGAAACUAGUGAAGGGAGAGCACUAUUAUGAUUCUGUAAGUGAUGUCCUCAGUAAAGUUGCCUCAGAUCCUAGUCUUCUUGAGAUUGAAAGUUGCAAAAUCAAUGAAGAAAAUGUGUGGAUUGAUGAAACAAAAUCGGACCAAGAAGAUUUUUCUAAUCAGGAACGCCAUUGUUAUCUCAAGCCACGCACUCCCAAUCAUACUACUACUGAUGACAUGAAAUUUACCGUUGUGGAUACAACAAGUCUGGCAAAUGGGAAAGUGCGUAAGGUGAGGGAACUUAGAAGCUUACCUACUGAAAUAAUCUACACUUCUACCUCCCUUAGUGACUCUGAAAAGGAUGAUGAAGACAGUUUUGAGGAGUCAUUAAGUAAAUCCAGUUCAGCUGAUACCUUGUGCUCAGAGAAGAUUGAGACUAAUGAUCUUACCUGUAAAACAGUACCUUUUGGUGGCAAGGAUUUUGAUUACAACACUUUAGAACAGGGCUUUUCAGAUAAAGGUUUGGCUACCAUGUCAGAAAAAAUCCAUAAGGAUAAAGAGGCUGAUUUACUCAACAACAGAAAACAGUUGAAAGAGGCUAAAAAGUCCAAAUUGAUCCAGAAAAUUAUUUCUGAAAAUGAAAAUCAUCUAGCUCCUAUUGUAAAACGACGACGAAGAUUACCUCAUAUUUCUAAGGAGAUGAGCGAUACCACAAUCAACAGCAGCAAUGUUGAUUCCAUAUUGCAACAAGAAGCCAGUAGCUGUGUCGACAAUUCAUAUUUUAGCGAGAACAUUCUCUUUCGGGUGGAUCAAUCUCAAGAGACUUUGUCAUCUACCAGUUCAUCUAGAGGAGGCAGCCCAAUCACUAGAGCUGAAGGCAUUGCUAAUAGUAACCAUAUGGAUGCUGAUUUUCCUCAUGAUAAACCUCCAACCCGUACAUUGAUUGACUUGAACUUACCUAUCUCUCCAGAUGUUGAAACUGAUGAAUCUCAAAUGAUGGAUACAGCAGAAGGGAAAGAUCAUGAAAUGGACAAUCCCCAUGUAGUGAAAUUCUCAGAAUGUGUAGCUAUCACUGAGGAGCAGGAAGCUAAAGUAGUAGGUUCACGUAGACAAAGCACAAGAAAUCGACCACUAACCACCAGGGUGCUGGAAGCUUUUGCUUGUGGAUUUUUGGACAUAAAGCAGAAGCGAAAGUCAAAGGAUGCAUUUCUUGGGGACAACUUAAAGUUGAGACCCCCCUCACGACGUGCUCGUGCUAGGGUGACAACAACACCUCCAGAAAGUUUCGAUUCCAUUACUGUGGAUUUCCCUAUGGAGGAAAGAGGAAGUUCUAUCCAAAAUACCAAUGGUGAUGUAUUCAACAAGCUUGACAUCAAUACUGAAACUGGUUACAAACUAGAGAAUGGUGCUUCUCAGUUCUCUAUCUCAUAGUUCUUCACUCAAGAAGUCAAUUCUUUUGGCUGCUACAUAACACAUCACUCUCUUACUCAGCAUUUGGCAUUUCAUGUGAUUAUCACAAAAUGUUAUCGGUGGAAAUAUAUCUCUUCAAUGAAGACUAUGUCGACUGAUAUAAAACACCUCUCAAGAAAUUACUUAAUGAACCAUUCUUUUGGGACAAAUUUUAACUUUUGUAGAGUUCAUGUUUCACAUGGUAAGUCCUAAUUAUUAGUUGUCAUACAAUUCCACGGUGAGUCGGGAAAUCAACGUCGACAAGGUGGUGGCUAAAGAGAUUUUUGACUGUGCACACUGAGUCAAGGGAAUGUUGUUCUUCCCAUGCCUAAUCACAGAGUUGUGUAGAUGCGCGGGUGUGCCAAUGAUGCCUGAAGAGGACCCUGUCCCAAGAAAAGGAGUGGUUAGUUUUGGGCCUGCUCGUGCCCGAAAUGCGCCACCACAUCCACUGCUUCUGCUUCCACUUCGAGUGACCCAAUGAUGGAGCGGUUGGCCAAGCAAGAAGCCUUGCAACAACAAAUGCUCCAGCGGCAGUCGCAGAUGUGUGAGUGGCUGCAUUCCCAUUAGAACUAUGAGAGGGAGCGAGAUACGUGGAUGAUGCGAGCUCUUCACCGUAACCAGCCUAGAGCAACAGCUGCAUUCCCAGCUUUCCCUGAGCUGCAUUCCCAGUUGAUGACAAAGAAAGGGACUCCCGUGGUCGAGAGCUCGAUUAUUGAGACAAUUUCUCUUUUUCCUUAGUUUAAUUGUUAUUGUGUUUGUGUGUGUUGAACUAAUGAUGUUAGUUAAUUGUUGCCACUAUUUGUGUUUGUUUAUUUUGUGAGUACUUUUGUUGUUGUCUUUAGUAUUGUGUGUAAUAAACAUUAUGUGGAUUAGAUUGUAUUAAUUAUGUUAUUUUGUCAA